CGGGAGUAUGGUUAAAUACAUCAAAUCAAAUAAAUACGUUACGAAAAGUCAAAGCGAAGCGACUAGCAGUGACAUUGGAGAAAACUGGGGAAAAAAAUAAAUUUGUUAUAAUUGCCAAGAAAAAUAAGCCUAACCUGCAAGUUGAGUUUUUAUUUGCAAGAUUAAUUAUUAAAAGUAAUAUGUGAUUUAGUAUUUAUGGAUUGUUUUUUUCUUAUUUUUUUGAAUUUGUUAAAAAAAGUAUAAAGUGCCUUAAGUAUUGAAAAGAAGACAAUAAUAUAAAAUAACAAAAUGCCACGUACAAAACAACCAAGAAAACGGGGCUCAUCUUUAACUUCUUCCCAAGAAGAUGUGCUUUUAAGAUUAGAAGAUAUUGAAAAACAGUUAACAAUUUUACUAAAAGAAGAAGAGGAUGAAUGUAACAUGGCUGUAAAUCGUAUAAUAUCUCGCAUAGAUACUGCAUUAGGCCAACUGCCUAAAGAGAUAAGGGAAAUGACUCGUGGUGAAUUGCUCAAUGCACAUUUGUUUAAUGAAGAUGCAAAUAUAAAUAGUGAAACUAUGUCUCGUGCAAACGAAAAUUCUUCUCCAAAUCACCUUCCAACACGUCAACCAAAAAAAUUAAAACGUCAAACUGCUGCAUCUACGGAUGACGGCUAUAUGACAGAAGGAACUGCUCCAGCUUCUCAAAAGAAAUCAUCAAAACAUGUGUCGAGAAUUGAUACUAAAGACAGAGUGUCUACAAAGAAAUCUAGAAGAAUUACCAGAAUGCAAUCAGCUAGUCCAGUCCUUUCAAUGGUUCAACCGAAAGAAAGAGAUCGGUCACAAUCUACUGCUCGGAAAUUAAAAAAUAAGAAUGUAUUCAAUACACCAGCACCAUCGAAUUCAAAACCAUCUCAAGGAGUAAAUUUUGUUACUCCAAAAAUCAAACCAAACACUCCCCUAAAUUUCUUACGACAUCCUAGAACUGGUGAAGUUGCCUUAAGUAUGCAAGGAAGUCCUCUGUUUGUCUCUGCUUUUAGUACUGAACGUAUGGCUAAUGUUAAUGUACCUCUCAAUAAUGGAAAUGUUAUGGCAUUACUGCCAAAAGACGGCCUCAGACUUUCUCACAUACCGGAUUUAGAUGAAGAUACAAAGAGUCAACUGGAGACUCUUAAACAUCAUAUUGAACAAGUUCUUAGCCGAGAAUGAAUAAGUGAAAAUUUUCAUAUAAAUAUUGUUCCAACGAAUCAUAAAUUUGUGUAAAAUUUUAUACCUAAAAAUAAUUUUUGUUUAUCACAAAUUAUACUAAACUUUUAAUAUAUCUUAAUCAUUUUACACUUAACAAUAAAUUUAUUGUCUCUUUUUA